AUGCAGUUUCUGACUGCAGUAAGUCCUCAGUCAUUCUAUACUCCCAGCUGGAAGGUUGAGACCAAGUAUUCAACCAGAGUGCUCAGUGGAAACUGGGUGGAAGAGAGGAGGAAGGGGCUCCCGUACAAACACCUGAUCACCCACCACCAGGAGCCCUCGCAUCACCACCUGAUCAGCACGUAUGACGAACAUUACAACCGGCAUAAUGACAACCUGCCCCCAUGCCGCACCUGGAAUGGACACAAGUUGCUGUGGCUCCCAGAAAAAGCUGACUUCCCCCUCCUGGCUCCCCCUACAAACUAUGGGCUCUGUGAGCAGCUGAAGCAGAGAUGGCUCGCACCCAAGGCUGGCCUGCGGGAGAGCAUUUACACCUCGUCCUACCCCCAACCACCACUGUGUUCCUACCCCCGACCACCGCUGUGUACCAUGUCCCUGCGGAAGCAUGCCAUCCCAGUGCCGCCCCCUUGCCUGCACCCCGUCCCACGCUUCUGA